GUUGGCGCUGAUUGUUUUCAGAUCGUACCCAUUAAACAAACAAAAAACGUUGAAAAAUAAUAUAAUUAAAAUAAAAUAAGAAAUGUAUGUGGGUUUUUAUACGUUUUUCCAAGUACCCGCAUUUUCCUGAUUGAAAACAGACAUUUCUGUGGAACUGCACGGCAAUGGUUGCAAGUACUACAUUGUGUUUACUGCCCGAAAAGAUCUAGUUAUAAGUUAGAACAAGAUUCAGCAAAAUUGUUACUACACCACGACACACGUCAUAACACGUGACGAAGCUUUUUCACUGGAAAUCAUUCUGUGUAGUGCAAAGCAGUCACAGGAUUUGUUUCAAUUUUGAAGAGUUCUUCCUCCCCAGUAAGGGCAAACUUGUUAAGCAGACAUAUGAGCAUAUGUCAGUUCUAGACAAGAACCCGGCACGGUACUCCGGUUGAAACAUUCCCAAAAACCUUGAAACCACGUCCUCAGUGACUGCAUUAAAGUUUAAUGUAAAAAAGGGCCUAUGAUGAGAUACUUGGCGGGAUAAACAUAUGCUACCCAUAUUUCGCAACUACCCUAAAAAAUAUAGACUCGUAACGUUUUCCACGACAAUGGAUUCCGUUAAUCUUUCAUCCUUUAACGACAGGCGUGCCAGCCAAGCUAGUAAUAACAUCAACCCAACCGAAACAAAUGUGCCAAAAUCUUUCGAAUCAUCUUCGAAUGACAGAGAAGGCCAACUUAAUCUAGCUUUCGUUAAUGAGGACGACAUCGCCCCUGAGAAUGAGACGUAUGAAAAAUUAAUUGAUGUCCCAGAACUGGGAAAGGGAUCAUUCAGCUUUCGUACAUUGUGGGCUUUCACCGGGCCAGGUUUCUUGAUGAGCAUCGCUUACUUAGACCCUGGUAACAUCGAGUCAGAUUUGCAGUCUGGAGUUGUGGCUGGCUAUAAAUUACUAUGGGUGCUGAUGACAGCCACAAUUAUGGGACUGCUGGUGCAAAGGUUAGCUAUCCGAUUGGGCAUGGUUACAGGCCUACAUCUAGCCGAGAUGUGCUACAAGCAAUACCCAAGAACACCACGCAUCAUAUUAUGGAUUAUGACGGAAAUUGCAAUUAUUGGGUCUGAUAUUCAAGAAGUAAUUGGAACUGCACUUGCGAUUUACAUUCUUUCUGACCAGGCAGUUCCCAUUUGGGGUGGUGUGCUUAUUACAGUUUUUGACACUUUCACUUUCUUACUCCUUGACAAAUAUGGGUUGCGCAAAUUGGAAUUUUUAUUUGGAUUUCUCAUUACCGUAAUGGCCGUUACAUUCGGAUACGAAUAUAUUCACGAUCCGCCACCACAAAUCGAAGUGAUCAAAGGCCUCUUCGUUCCAGGUUGUGCGGGAUGCGGACCUGAAGGUGUGCUUCGAGCUGUUGGGAUAGUUGGUGCUGUCAUUAUGCCUCAUAAUCUAUUUCUCCAUUCUGCUCUGGUCAAAUCUCGCAAAGUCAACCGAAGUGAUAAGCAUUCUGUCCAACAAGCCAACAUGUACUACUUUAUUGAGUCAUGUAUAGCUCUGCUGGUUUCAUUGAUUAUAAAUAUUUUUGUCGUCUGCGUGUUCGCCUACGGACUCUUUGGCAAGACCAAUCAAGAUGUGCAAAAUUUAUGUGCUAACAGCACGUCCUCUUCCUCGGCAGGAGAAAUCGAAGAAUUUUUUCCGGCCAAUAACGAAACCGUCGAUGCUGAUAUUUACCGUGCUGGACUCUUUUUGGGCUGCAAAUACGGUGACGCUGCCAGAUACAUUUGGGCUGUUGGAAUUCUAGCCGCUGGCCAAUCUUCUACUAUGACGGGGACUUACAGUGGCCAGUUUGUAAUGGAGGGGUUCUUAAAUUUACAUUGGGCCCGUUGGAAACGUGUUUUGCUUACGCGGACGAUAGCCAUCUCCCCAACCCUUUUUUUGGCUAUUUUUGCCGACAUUCAACAGUUGACUGGUUUAAACGACUACCUCAAUGCCGUUAUGAGUUUACAACUACCUUUUGCCUUGAUUCCAACUUUAACUUUCACAAGUUCUUCAAAGAUAAUGGGCCAAUUCGUGAAUGGAAUGUUCCUCAUCCAUUCUAGAUUCAACAAAACUAUCUUAACUAUACUAGCGGUUGUUGUAGUCAGCAUCAAUCUGUUUUUCGUGGUUGUUACCAUCAAAGACGCUCUGCCCCCGCACUGGGCGAUCUACACUGCCUUUGGAAUAGGAGGGGUGCUUUAUUUGAGCUUAGUUGGAUAUCUAUGUCUUCACUUGAUUGAGGCCUUUGGUGGGCGUUGCUGUGCUUCUUUACCGUAUGAGAAAAUGACGGUUUACAAGGCACUUGGCGAUGAAACGGAACCGUUUGCAUCUAACAUUUUACAACGCCCCAUAAACUCUGACAACUAGCAUGCUAAAAGCAAUCAGGUUUCAAUAUCUGGCAUAGGAUUGACUGUAAGAAAAACUUAGGCUGGACUCCAUCCAUGCAUUACUGAAAUAAUCUUGGGUUUUCUUCUGUAAAGACAAGACAGAAAACAAUUAUAAAUGAGCAUUAAGUUAGCUUCAUUAAACCAUACAAACUAAAAAUUAUUACUUAUUAGAAGAAAAACUUAAACCCAGCUCACGUUUCCUACCUUUUGGCACGAAAAGCUAUUCCGAGUGAAUUGGGAAUUAAGCCUGUUGGUAUUUAUGUUCUUUGAGAUGUCUUACAAUUGUAACGUGGUGAAACCCACGUUUAACGGGA